CACUUCCUUACGGCCUCGUCUUGGGAAUCUGCAGCACUUAAACUUGAUUGGGGAAUUUCGAAUCCGAAUUUGUACGUAUUGUUUACUCAAGUUUGUCGAAUAGAUGAACUUGAGAAAUUAUGCAGUAUGCUUUUUCGGAACUUAUGUGUAUUCCUUCUUUACUCAAUUGGUUCGUGUACUGAUUAUUAUGAACUACUUGGAAUUUCUAAAGAUGCCGACGAUCGGGAAAUCAGAAAAGCUUUCAAAAAACUUGCAUUAAAAUUGCAUCCUGAUAAAACUCAGGGGAAAGACACACAUGAUCAGUUUAUUACAAUUAAUAAAGCUUAUGAAGUUUUAAAAGAUGAAAGUACUCGAAAAAAGUAUGAUUUGUAUGGAGAAGAAGGAUUAAAAGAUGAUUUUGGUAGUUCUUGGAAAGGAAAUUAUCGAAGUUGGAAUUAUUAUUCCGAAAGUUUUGGAAUUUAUGAUGAUGAUCCAGAAAUAGUUACACUCAACAGACAUAAUUUUGCUCAAUCUGUUCUGGAAUCAUCAGAACUAUGGUUUGUGAAUUUUUUCUCACCACAAUGUUCACAUUGUCAUCAUUUAGCAUCAACUUGGCGAGAAUUGUCUUUGAAAUUACUUGAUGUUAUCCAUAUUGGAGCUGUAAACUGCGAAGAAGAUUGGAUUUUAUGCCGACAACAGAAUGUACAUUCUUAUCCAUCUCUCAUACUGUAUCCUAGAGGAGAGAAAUAUCAGGGCUUAAGAGAUAUUGAUAGUAUGAUGGACUUUGUUUUAGAAAACCUUCCUGAUUAUUCCAUUAAGUUAACAUCUGAUAACUUCAUCAGUACAGUUUCAAGAAAUCAUUUUCCUGAUUCAUGGUUAAUUUUUUGUUGUGAUAACCCAGAAAGUUCAGGUAAGGAUUAGGAUAUUUUGUUGAAA